UUGCAUGCCUUUCUUCUUGUUGAAAACGAAGAAACUGCGGCAAACGCAGAAACACGCAGAAAGUAGAGCUUUUGAUUCUCAACUGUUAAAAGUCAAAGAUAAUUGAAGACAAUCUCUUCUUUGUCACAUUUUACGCGGGGGUAGUGAAUCACAGAGUUUUGUCCUCAUAUAUUCUGUUACUUGUAAUUUUUAACAGAAACUGAAAAUGCCAGCCAGAGAACCCGACGCAUCAGGUCGAAUGGCCAAAUUUAAGUUCAAUAACAAACAUGAUGAAGCACGUCGGAGAAGAAACGAGGUUAGCGUGGAAUUGCGAAAGGCUCGUAAGGACGAUCAAAUGCUGAAACGUCGCAAUCUCACUGAAGAUGACAGUGAUCCUCAAAGUCCACCGGGAGCAAUUAAAUCUCCGGCUCUCUCUGUGGACGAAGUAAUCACUGGUAUGAUUUCUUCCGAUGAGGCGAUUGUUCUUCAAGCUACGCAAACAUGUCGAAAGAUGUUGAGCCGCGAGAAAAAUCCACCAAUUGAUACCAUGAUAUCGAAGGGAAUUGUACCACGUUGCGUCGAAUUCCUUGGUUAUCAUCAUAAUGCUUCCCUCCAGUUUGAAGCUGCAUGGGCAUUGACCAAUGUUGCGUCCGGCACUUCGGAACAAACUCAUGUCGUUAUUGAACACGGAGCAAUUCCAAAAUUGAUUGCCCUCCUCGAAUCUCCCCAUCCAAAUGUGGUGGAACAAGCAGUUUGGGCACUGGGCAACAUCGCCGGAGAUGGGCCACCGGCUCGUGAUCAAGUCCUCUCUCAAGGCGCUAUGCAACUUUUAGUUGGUCUUAUCAAGCCUACUAUACCUGUUACUUUUGCACGUAAUAUUGUUUGGACGAUAUCAAAUCUUUGUCGCAAUAAAAAUCCAGCUCCGCCUUUCGAUAGUGUCAAAGUCGCUUUGCCAAUGUUAAAAAAUCUUUUGACUAACAAUGACAAAGAUAUUCUUGCGGAUGCAUGUUGGGCGCUUUCUUACUUGACUGAUGGCCCCAAUGAGAAAAUUCAAGCAGUACUGGACUGUGGACUUGUUCCGCACUUGGUUGCUCUGCUCGGUUCAUCAGAAGUUCAAGUUCUAACACCUGCACUGCGCUCAGUGGGCAAUAUUGUCACAGGCAAUGACACUCAAACUGAUGCAAUCAUUAAGGCAGAAGCUACAAAAUAUCUUUGCGCUCUCCUGCAACAUCCAAAAGGUAAUAUUGUUAAGGAGGCGGCCUGGACUAUCAGCAAUAUCACAGCUGGAAAUCCAGAACAAAUACAACAGGUCAUCGACGCUGGCAUUUUGCCACCUUUAAUAAAUGUUCUUCAAUCUGGGGACUUCAAAUCACAAAAAGAGGCAGCAUGGGCAGUUACUAAUAUGACAUCCGGUGGAACCGUUCAACAACUCGCAAUUCUCGUUCAAAUGGGAGUACUCGGUCCGUUCUGUAAUCUUCUCGAUUCCAAAGAUUAUAAAUCGGUUGUAGUUGUACUCGACGGUUUGACGAACAUUUUAACAGCUGCUGAGAAAAUGGGAGAAGUCGAACGAAUUGCCAUUAUGAUUGAAGAAACAGGCGGUCUUGAUAAACUUGAAAAUUUGCAACACCACGAAAACGAACAAGUCUAUCAGAAGGCCAUGUCACUAAUGGACAGUUACUUCACAGAACCCGAGGCGGAAGAUCAGAACUUGGCACCAACGACUGUUGACGGCCAACUCAAUUUUCAAAGUGGAGCUGCACCACAAGGCGGAUUCAAUUUUUGAAAAUUAUGCUCUAGGCUUACAUUCGAGAUAAGAUUAUUUUUCACUUUGUAAAUAAUUCAAAAACUUGAAAAGAAAAAAAAGUUGAAUGUUUAAUUUUGAAAAUAAUUCCACUUCAAAAGUAGCAAGUAUUUUCAUUCAUGUUAAAAUAGUCAGGGCUUUUUUUUUAAAAAAAAGUUUUUUCAAACUGUCUUCUUUAGUUUUAAAGUAAAAUGAAACAUUGUCAAUAUAUCACUCAAGAGUAUUAAAAUUACUGAUUAUUUUUUUUGCCCGCGUAACUAUUAAUAUAAUUAAGACGCGAAUUUGCUUUCUAACUUGACGAACUAGUAUUACUAUUAAGAAAUGCAUCAUUAUUUUUACGAUAUCAAUAUACGAAUUAUUAUUUAAAUUUAGAAACUCGUCAUUUUAGAUUUUUUUAAUGGAUAGUGAUGUCUAAACCUUGUUUUUCUUUGAUAUACUAGAUAAAAAUUAUCGUUUUCUACAUCGUGUGAUAAAAAUGCGGUACAGUUUCUUUUCUAUAGAUUUUAUAAAUGAGAAACAAAAAAAAAUGUAUUGGCGACGUUCUGUCCGAAAACUCUGUUGAAAAAGAUUACAAGUCAAAUAUUUUCUAUUUUUAUUACUGUCCAAUAAAGUUUUUGAUACAAAAA